UUUUUGCCUUGAUAAUACCUAACAGAAGACGAUUUUGGGGCGCAGACUCUUUUGCACGAGAACUCCAACUGGACAACCUCAGUGGUUUCUUCACUCUAUAUCUCAGUAAAGCUUCGCUUUUGACGACUUUGGCAUUGCUUCAAAAGAUUUCAAGACUUCGAUUUCUUUUGCAUUUGCCCCUCUAUGAGUAUGGCAAAUUCAAUGCUCAUCAGUGGAACUGAAAGUUUAAGUCUUUAUAGAAGAAUUCCCCCUAAUGGGUUAGGCUUUGUCGGUUCAGAUUUCAAAGAUACUUCCCAUUGGCAACGACUGCUUGUUUGUGAAUUGAAGAGUAGUAGUUUGACCGGUGAAGAGUUCUGGAUUCUGGUGAUGAAGAUACUUGAAGCAAAUGCAGGUGCUCUCACAAACUUUGAAUUGCUUGACUUUCUACGCUCGAGAGGUGCAGGAAGAGAUCCUACACGGGUCAUAGUUCCUGUUGCACCUUCAGAGUUCAAGGUGUAUGAUUAUUUAGAGCAAACUGCUGCUUGCAAUCAGACAAGACAAGCAAUUGGUGAAUUUUUGGAAAAAUGUAAAAGUAUCAGGCUCGCGAAAGCUGAGAUCCUUAACAUCAUCAAUAUUAGGCCAUCCUCUCUCGUUGAACUUUACCCGAUAAUAGAGGAAUAUGACAACCGUUUUGGGGAAGCUACAGAAACAAUGGAAGAGUUUGUGGAAACUGUGCAGCUGUUGCCACCUCCUCCAAACCAAAUGCAGUCUGAACAAGGAACUGCUGCAGACGAAACAGAAGCUCCAGAUAGUGAAAAGAUAGAGGUUGCCAAAUAGACUAUGCAGGUCAUACACGAAACCUUUCGGGAAAAGUUUUUUGUUUCUUCGCGAAAGCACUGCAGAUACUAGUUUACGUAGAUAUGGUGUUCUAGUCUUACAACUUACAAGUACUGAAAUUACUAGUUGGCUUGAGCUUUAGUUAUAAAUGCUUCUUACGGAAGGUCUGAAUGAUGAUUUCUUUCAUUCGUUCCCAUAUCCACUUCCCUACUUUGGCUAUUA